AUGUCUCUUCCCAUAGGUCCCCUUCCAUGGCCUCGUUCCAUCAAACCUCUUCCACGUGCUCCAGGGAAUCGUUUAUCAGGACCUCCAGGCCAUAUUCCGGGAUCUCGCUCAGGACCUCUUCCCCGACCACCUCUUCUCAUAUCUGUUCCAGGACCUCUUGGACCUUUCCCAGGUAAGCCUCCUCUGUGGCGUCCUAAAGGAAAUUCUCUGUCAGGCCUUGGACCUCUUCCGAAGGGACCAUGA